UUGUGUGUAACCUGUUCGGAGACACGAUCGACGUCAAUUUAAUUAAUUUAAUUACCAGUUUCUAAUAAAUAAACAAUCACAUAAAGUCGAUUACGGUUGAUAUCGAGUUUAAAAGAUGCGUUCGUUAUUCGUGAUUGGCUUUACGAUCCUCUUAGCAAGUGUCUCAGCUUCGAGCCCGGAUUUCCUCACGAAAUCUCUUAAUGAGUGUAUCGGAGCAGAUUCAUGGUCAUCAUGUCUAAAGCAAGAAGUAUUAGGAUAUUUGGAUGGAAAAUUAGGUACCAGUACAGAAGCUAGAUCUUUGGAGUCUAUUGAUGAAGCCUUAUUAGUGAGAACUGUCAAAUAUUUGAAGAGUUUCGAAUACAAGGUGGAUUUGCCAUUUGUUGAUGCUAAUUUGAAAUACCGCCCUAGUCGCAGUUUGGCUGAUUUAGAUAUUGAAUUUAAAAAUAAUGAAGUUGCUACAAGUCAAGCCAGAGGAAUACUGAAAAAGAAACUUUUGUUACCAUUCCUUUUACUUUUGAAACUGAAACUGAAAGCUUUGAUGCCAAUUUUCGUUGCUAUUAUUGGAUUGAAAGCUAUGAAAGCUUUGAUUUUAUCCAAAAUUGCUAUCUUGGUUGUUGUUGGAUUCAUUGCAUUCCAAUUUCUUAAAAAAGGAGGAAUGACUCCACCGAUGGGAAUGUCAAUGGAGCCUGCAACUCCGGCUGGUACUUAUGGUGCACCACCUCUUCCAUCAACGACUUCCGGUUAUGAACCACCAAAUACUUGGGAUGGAAAUGGACCAUAUUCUAGAGUUUGGACACCAACUAAUGGAGCUGAUGGACAAAGUCUUGCAUACAGUUAUUAUGCUCCUAGUAGCAGUAAUUCUAAUUCUUAUAGUGCACCAGUUUCAUCAUCGUCGUCAUCCGGUUCAUCAUCAAGUAGUUCAAGUAGCUCAUCGAACUAUUAAAAUAAUAUAACACUCUGAAUUUAUUAAGAUGAGUUUGAAAUUCUGACUACAUGGAAGUAUCUGAUUAAAUGGCGGUUGUGACAGUUUGAAACUCGUCCAAAGACAAGCCAAAUGAUUUCAUGACAAUCAUCGAUAAAUGUUUAAAAUUUAUCGACAAUGACAAUCUUCGAAGAUUGAUAACUUUUUUAAAAAAAAAACUCGAGACUAUUUCUUAUUUAUUGUUAUUGGUCGGAUAAUUGUACAGAUAAAUAAUUAAUUUUUUUUUUAAUUUUAAUUUGUAUAAUAAAACCAUCAAAUCAAAAUGUAAUAUAUAUUUAUGUCAUAAAAAUCUUAAAUAAGCAAUGUAGAUUAGUCAAGCGUAGUGCACAAGCUAUUAAUAACACGUCAAUUAUUUAUUUUUGAAAUUUUAUUUUAUAUUGUACUGCGUGAUUAAUAAAAAAAAUUAUGGUUACAAUCUA